AAAAUCAGGGAAAGCCCUUAUGAAUGUACAGAGUGUGGGAAAUCAUUUACCCAAAACUCCCACCUCACUACACACAGGAGAGUUCACACUGGAGAAAGACCUUAUGAGUGUGGUGAAUGUGGGAAAUCAUUUAGGUACAAAUCCAACCUCAUUGUACACCAAAAUACUCACACCAGAGUAAGGCCUUAUGGGUGUGGUGGAUGUGGGAAAUCCUUUAACCAAAAAUUCAGCCUCAUUUCCCACCAGAGAGUUCACACUGAAGAAAGGCCUCAUCAGUGCAAUGAAUGUGGAAAAUCCUUCAAACAAAGCUCUAGUAUCAGUUCCCAUCGGAAAGUUCACACUGGACAAAGGCCUAUUGUGUGCAGUGAAUGUAGCAAAUCUUUUAGCUGCAAAUAUAACCUCAUUAAACACCUCAGAGUUUACACUGGAGAAAAGCUUUAUGAAUGUGGGGAAUGUGGAAAAUCAUUUAGCGAAAGUUCAAGUCUGAUUCAACACCAGAGAGUUCACACUGGAAAAAAGGCUUUGUGAG